AUGGCGGGGGGCGAUUCGGGUGGUUGUCCCAUUUGUCUCCAGCCCCUUCUUCAACCCGUGGAAAUUCCAUGUGGCCAUGUAUUUUGUUAUCUCUGCAUAAAAGGCUCCGCAUCUCAUCGGCGCCGUUGCCCUCUGUGUCGUAGGGCCUUCAGUAUGAUUUUUUUUGAAAAUCCAAAUAUUAUUCGCAAUCUGGGUGAUUCUGGCGAGACGGAACGCCCGCCUUUGGAAUUUAUGUGGUACUAUGAGGGCCACAACGGUUGGUGGCAAUAUGACGAAAGAACAGCAGUUGAAAUAGAAGCUGCCUACGCCCAGUCCCUGCCUCGGUGUGAAGUCUUCAUCGCAGGCCACUUCUACGUCGUCGACUUUGCCAAUAUGUGUCAGUACCGCAAAGACCACUCUGGACGCAGUCGUCGCAUUAAGCGUGGCUCGGUGGACAUGUCAAAGAAGGGUAUCGCGGGCAUUCGCCUUUCUCUCCUUCAGCCUUCAGAGGCCAGUGAGGCGGCCGACGAUGAGGAGAAUGUAGAAGACAGGGGAAGCAUUUCUCUAUCCGCUGUCACCCCUACUAUUUCGAGCAGUCAACGCACUUCUGACGCGAAUCGCGAUUGCAACUCUCUUCGACAACGUACGCUAUCGACAACCUCCAGCUGCACAGAUUGA